AUGCCUCCGAAAGGAGGCGGAGGGGCCCGGGGAAGGGGAAGAGCCGCAGCAGGUGGCGGAAGUGGGGGGAGAGGAGGCGGACGCGCGGGGGGUCGAGCGGCGCAAGGGAAAGCGCCGGGGUUUACUGGGAAGCAGUCAGUUCCUACUCCCAGCGGAACUGGCGGAAAGACAGACGCAUCAAAGAGAGUUGGGGUUGGAGCUCCUUCGGGCAUCUCCUCUGCUGGCCCUACGAGGGUGGAGGGAGGUGGGAAUGCCAAGCCGGUGACGCUCAUUGGCGGAGGUUUGGGGAAGAAUGCGUUUGAACGAGCCACGGAGGUCCGGUUGAGUUCCGAGGCCGAAGAGCAGCUUCGGAUGCUGGUUGUUAAGGCAUACGAUACCAAGAAAGGUGCGAACGGUAGCAACGCCUUGGAUGCUCCUCCUGCUUCGUCAUCGUAUUCCACAGACAGCGCAGCUGGUCCCAUGACACUACUUGAAGAGAAGACUGCCAACAGGCGCAUAUUAUCAGCAUACGAAACACUCUCUAGAGAGGGAUUUACUGUAGAGCAGGUGGAGAGUGCCCUCUCGUCUCUGGUCCCCUCCUCGCUUUCCCUGGAGGCGGCUUUUGAUUGGCUCUGCCUGCACCUGCCACCUCAGCAGCUGCCACGUCACUUCGCGUCUGCAGCUUCCACUGCCACGCUGGCACGAGGUGACGUGGAGGUGGUGCUUGCUGCUGCUGACGUGGAAGGGGAAGGACAGCGAGGCAGCGACGACGCAUGGGGAAGAGAGGGAGAUGAGGAAGGGGGGAAGAGAAGACGCAGAAAGGAUCUCAGGAAAAAGGCCUCAGCAGACCAGCGCAUGCAGUCCCUGGCGGCUGAUCUGGGGAGGGCUAAGGCCGAGGCGGCAAGGGCGAAGGGGAGCAUGGACAAGGGCAGGCAGGCAGAGGCAGGGCUGGUGAUCCGCGAGAUCAAAGAGGAGGCUGCAGGAUAUGGUAUGGCUUGCGUUUGUUGUGUUACUUUCAAAAUGUUAAGGGCGAAGGGGAGCAUGGACAAGGGCAGGCAGGCAGAGGGGUACAUGGGCAAGGGCAGUCAGGCAGAGGCUGGGAUGCUGAUCCGCGAAAUCAAGGAGGAGGCUGCAGGAUACGGGGUAUGUGUGGCUGCUACUUCUGUGAUGUCUACCAAGGGGUGCAUGGUCAAGGGCAGGCAGGCAGAGGCUGGGAUGCUGAUUCGCGAGAUUAAGGAUGAGGCUGCAGCGUAUGGCGAGCAGAGGCUGGGCUGCUGCGAGAUUAAGGAGGAGGCUGCAGGAUACGGUUAUUCUGAGUCGAUGCUUGAAGAGGCUAACCAGCAGCAGCAGCGGGUUGCUGCAGAAGAGGAUGAGGAAACCGAGGAAGAGGAGGGAGGGUUUGGGCUGUUUGGGGAGGACGACGAGGAGGAGGAAACGCCGUUGGAAAGGGGAGGGAAAUCAGCAAGUGGAGAAAGGGCAGGAGCAGGGGCAGGAGCAACAGGAAAGGCAGCAGAAAAGGAGGGAGAAGAAGAGGAUAUGGGGCUGGAAGGAAUGUCUCUCUUUGAUGAUGAGAGUGAUGGGGGAGGGGGAGGGGAAGGGGGAAAGGGCGCAGCAGCAGCACUGCCGGAGUCUGUGCUAGCACUGCAGAGGAAGAGAGGGAGGCUAAGAGCCGGAAAACGGCUCGCAAGAGUCACAAUGUUCCUUGUUCCUCUCUACAUUUCCCUCUUCCCCAUUUUCCCCCUCCCAGGCCCUGCUGUGGUGCGCAGGAGGGAGGCUCAGAGCCGCGAGCUGCAGCAGCGGUGGCGGCAGUGGCAGGCACUGGCAGUUGGAGGAGCAGUGGGGACAGGAGGGACAGGAGGAACAGGAGGGACCAAGAGCAACGAUAUGAAAGAGUCAAGAGAGGCCAGGGAGGCGAGUGAGAGGAGGGCGAUGCAGGAGAUGAAGAGGAAGCGGGGAGAGCUACCAAUGGCAGCAGUGAGGGAGGAGCUGCUGCGGGCGUUGAGGGAGGGGGAUGUGGUGGUGGUGAGUGGGGAGACCGGGUCGGGCAAGACCACUCAGGUGCCGCAGUAUAUCUUUGAGGACGCGGAAGCUUCGGGGAAGGCGGGAUUCUGCAACAUCGUGUGCACGCAGCCUCGGCGAAUCGCUGCCAUAUCAGUAGCAGAGCGGGUGGCAGCAGAGCGGUGUGAGCCACCCGUAGGGAGUGGCGGCAGGGGAGGAGGUGGUGGUGGUGCAGGCGUGGUUGGUUACCACGUGAGGCUGGAUGCUGUCAAAACCUGGUACACGCGCAUCCUCUUCUGCACAACAGGAAUCCUCUUACGAAGGCUUGUGGGUGACCCUCUCCUGUCAGACGUGACCCACGUAGUGGUGGACGAGGUGCAUGAGCGCUCCAUCCAAGGCGACUUCCUCCUCGUCAUCCUCAGAGACCUGCUGGCGCGCCGCCAGGAGAUGAGACGACAGAUGCCGCACCUCCCUUCGUUUAAGCUCGUGCUCAUGUCAGCCACUCUCGACGCUUCUCUCUUUGCAUCCUACUUCUCCGGCUGCCCUGUCAUCCAAGCCCAGGGCCGCACCUUCCCUGUGGAGAUGAAGUACCUAGAGGACGUGUAUGAGAGCACGGGAUACAAGCUCUCUUCAGACUCGCCCGCUGCUCUCAGAUCCGAAUCCCAUCAGUCCGCCAAGGUACAGUUCAAGUCCCGAGCCAGGGGUUCCAAGGCAGCAGCGGGAGGUGGUAGCAAGACCAAGCAGAAACUGCUGAAGGCAGGAUGGGGCGAUGAUGCUUCUUUGCAGGCUGAAACAGUGAAUCCGGAUUACGAUGCCUCGCGAUACAGCGACUACAGCGACAGAACCCGAACCAAUCUGCGGCGGCUGGACGAGGGAACGAUAGACUAUGAGCUACUGGAGGACGUGGUUGCUCACAUCGACUCCACAUGCUCCCCAGGAGCCAUCCUCGUCUUCCUGCCUGGCAUGGGCGAGAUUCAGUACCUGUGGGACAGGCUGGCAGCUUCGAGGCAGUUUGGGGCGCCGGGGAAGGUGGAGUGGCUGCUGCCGCUGCACUCAUCUGUCUCUGCGGCCGAGCAGCGGCAAGCGUUCAACAGCCCUCCCAUCGAGUCGCCUCGUUUGUCUCAUCCGGGGAUGGUGGCGUGGCUGCUGCCGCUGCACUCAUCUGUGUCUGCAGCCAAGCAGCGGGCAGCAUUCAACAGCCGUCCCAGCGGAGUGCCCAAGGUGAGCUGUGCUGUUCUCUGGGUGGACUCAAGGGUGUAUGUGGUGGUGCUGGCGACGAAGAUAGCAGAGACGAGCAUCACCAUUGACGAUGUGGUGUAUGUGGUGGACGUGUGGUGCUGUGCUGCUUCCUAUGCUUCAUAUGCCCACACUGUGGUGCUGGCGACCAACAUAGCAGAGACGAGCAUCACCAUUGACGAUGUGGUGUAUGUGGUGGACGUGGGGAAGCAGAAGGAGACGCAGUUCGAUGCCAGGAGGCUCCAUGCCAGUAUUACAGGGAGUAUCACCAUCGACGAUGUGGUGUGUGCGGUGGACGUGGGCAAGCAGAAGGAGACGCAGUUCGACGCCAGGAGGCAGAAGGAGACGCAGUUUGACGCCACGACGGGCAUGACCAGUCUAGUGGAGGCAUGGGUGGCCAAGGCGAACGUGAGGCAGAGAGCUGGCAGGGCGGGGCGAGUGCAGGCAGGGCGGUACUUUGCCCUCUUUACCCGCCACCGCUUUGAAACCAUCAUGCGGCCCUUCCAGCAACCGGAGAUCCAGCGAGUGCCUCUGGUGGAGCUGUGCCUGCAGAUCAAGCUGCUGGACUUGGGCACGCCAGCACAUUUUCUCAGCAAGGCGAUUGAGCCGCCCAAAGAGGAGGCGGUGAGGAGUGCGAUGAAGACCCUGAGGGAGGUGGGGGCGGUGGACGAGAGGGAGGAGCUCACUGCUCUGGGUACACACUUGGCUGCCCUGCCGGUUGACGUUCGCAUAGGCAAGAUGAUGAUCUACGGGGCAGUCAUGGGGUGUCUCAGCACGGCGCUCACCAUUGCUGCCUGCCUCAGCUACCGCUCCCCCUUCUCCUCCUCCUUCCACGAUCGCAAAGCAGCUGCCAGGGCAAGGCAGGCCCUUGUAGCCAAAGCUCGAGAAGCAGACCCAGAUGCAACCUCCCGUGAAGCGGGAGGCAAGCAAGGAGAGGAGAGCUGGGAUGAUGAAGAUAGUGAGGACGAGGACGAGGAUGAAGGGUGGGAGUCUCAGGCAGAAAAGGAGUCAGCAGGGGGAAAAGGAGGGAAAGGAGCAGGAGAAGCAGGGGGGAAGGGAGAGCGGGGAGCAGGUGUGAGUGGGGACGACAGGGCGUGGAACAUGGCGCGGGGGCAGCAGUCGGACCAUCUCGCUAUGGCCUCAGCCUACAAUGGCUGGGUGCUUGCUCUCCAGGUGCGUCUGGUGGUUCUCCGAGUGGGUUUCUUUUGA